AGACAUGCUUGUUUUGAACACAAUCAUAGGACAAGAAAAAAAAAUCAAAGAUCGCCGUUUUGGGGCAAAUAAUGAGUAAAACAACAUCAAGAAGACACCUGCUGUAAUCAACCUUUGAGGGUGUACAAGAAUGUCAGGACUUAUGUUGAACCUGGUUUGUGAGCCCAGUCGAGGAGGCAAAUCAGGUAAAUACAGAGGAAAUGCUAAGCAUGAACGUUUCCUUGGAAGGAGACAUUACCUGGAGCACAAGGGUUUGUUAAAAGAGAAACAAAAUAAAAAGCGAAACAAAAAGAACAAGAUGAAAAAUAAAAACAAGUCAAGAAACACGCAGCACAAUGGAGGUGAUCAAUCAAAACCAGGUGCUAUUUUUCCUAAAUUUACCUCUUAUCUGCCUAAUAAGACCAAUGAGCCUUCUAGUUCUGCACAGACAUUUUCAAGGAAAUCCACAUUUUCAUUUCCAUCCACUGCCUCCACAUCUCGGAGGCAUCCGACACACCAAGCGGCACCCCGCACUCUCGGACCUUUAAAAUACGUGGCGUUGGACUGUGAGAUGGUGGGCACAGGACCGAAGGGGUGUCGCAAUGAACUUGCCCGCUGCAGUAUUGUCACCUACGAGGGUGAUGUGAUUUAUGAUAAAUAUAUCAAACCCAUCAAUCCUGUGAUGGAUUUCCGCACUCGCUGGAGUGGAAUCAGGAGGCAGGACCUACUCCAUGCCAUUCCCUUUGAUCAGGCACAGAAAGAGAUUGUGAAGAUAAUAACAGGGAAAGUGGUUGUGGGCCAUGCCAUCCAUAAUGACUUCAAGGUCUUAAAAUAUUUCCAUCCUGCUUGCCAAACACGAGAUACGGCACGGAUUCCGCUGCUAAACCAGAAAGCUGGACUGCCUGUGAAUGAAAUGGUGUCUCUGAAGAGGCUCACUAAAGCUAUUCUCAAAAAGGACAUACAGACAGGGAAGGGAGGCCACUCAUCAGUAGACGAUGCCAAAGCCACCAUGGAACUGUUCAAAGUAGUGGAAAGCAUGUGGGAGGAAAAACUCUCAGCUCUCAGUCUUCCAGCUAAAGCCAUGGAUCUAGCUCUGAAUCAAAAAACAUAAACGCUUUUUAAAGAUAGGAUUUUUACUUCCCGCCUCUUUUAUCAGCUAAACAUCUCAGCUAUGCUUGGGUUUAAAUACCACUAGGGGGCUCUUCAGUUUCUGUAAAAAAAAAAAAAAAAGUAUUUUAAGUUAACUAUAUUGGUUUUGUUGGCUGUUUAAAGCAAAUAAUUGAUAAUUGAUAAAGUUUAUCAUGAUAAACUACAUGAUGUUUUGAGUUCUGUUCAGAAUCUUUACAGAAAGUAAAAAAAAA